GAGAGAGCUGAGUUAUGGAGACACAUCACUGUGACACAUGUGGGAAGAGCCUUUCCUCAUCCAGUAACCUCAAGAGGCACAUGAGGAUCCACACUGGAGAGAAGUCCUACAGCUGUGACCUCUGUGGUAAAACCUUUAGACAUGCUGGGGAUUUAACAGUUCACCGCAGAAUCCACACAGGAGAGAAGCCCUACAGCUGUGACCUAUGUGGUAAAACCUUUAGGCAGGCUAGUGGUUUGACAUCUCACUGCAGGAUCCACACUGGAGAGAAGCCCUAUAGCUGUGACCUCUGUGGUAAAACCUUUAGCCAUCCAAGCAGUUUCACAGCUCACUGCAGAAUCCACACAGGUGUGAAGCCCUACAGCUGUGACCUCUGUGGUAAAACCUUUAGCCAGGCUAGCAAUUUCAAAGUUCACCGCAGAAUCCACACGGGAGAGAAGCCCUACAGCUGUGACCUCUGUGGUAAAACCUUUAGCCGUGCUAGCAAUUUCACAGUUCACCGCAGAAUCCACAAUGGAGAGAAGCCCUACAGCUGUGACAUCUGUGGUAAAACCUUUAGACAUGCUGGGGAUUUAACAGUUCACUGCAGAAUCCACACAGGAGAGAAGCCCUACAGCUGUGCCCUCUGUGGUAAAACCUUUAGCCAGGCUGGCCAUUUCAGAGCUCAUAGCAGAAUCCACACUGGAGAGAAGCCCUACAGCUGUGACCUCUGUGGUAAAACCUUUAGACAGACAGGGGAAUUAACAGUUCACCGCAGAAUCCACACAGGAGAGAAGCCCUACAGCUGUGACCUCUGUGGUAAAACCUUUGUACAGGCUGGGGAUUUAACAUCUCACCGCAGAACCCACACUGGAGAGAAGCCAUACAGCUGUGACCUCUGUGGUAAAACCUUUCGACGGGCUGACAAUUUCAGAGCUCAUAGCAGGAUCCACACUGGAGAGAAGCCCUACAGCUGUGACCUCUGUGGUAAAACCUUUAGACAUGCUGGGGAUUUAACAGUUCACCGCAGAAUCCACACAGGAGAGAAGCCCUACAGCUGUGACCUCUGUGGUAAAACCUUUAGACAGACUGGGGAUUUAACAUCUCACCGCAGAAUCCACACUGGAGAGAAGCCCUACAGCUGUGACCUCUGUGGUAAAACCUUUGGCCAUACUAGCAGUUACACAGUUCACCGCAGGAUCCACACUGGAGAGAAGCCCUACAGCUGUGACUUCUGUGGUAAAACCUUUAUUCACCGCAGAAUCCGACAGGCUUGGAAUUUAACAGUUCACCGUAGAUUCCACACUGGAGAGAAGCCCUACAGCUGUGACUUCUGUGGGAAGAGCCUUUCUUCAUCCAGUAACCUCAAGAAGCACAUGAGGAUCCACACUGGAGAGAAGCCCUACAGCUGUGACCUUUGUGGUAAAACCUUUAGCCAGACUGACACUUUCAGAGCUCAUAGCAGGAUCCACACUGGAGAGAAGCCCUACAGCUGUGACCUCUGUGGUAAAACCUUUAGUCAGGCUGGGAAUUUCAGAGCUCAUAGCAGGAUCCACACUGGAGAGAAGCCCUACAGCUGUGACCUCUGUGGUAAAACCUUUAGUCAGGCUGGGAAUUUCAGAGCUCAUAGCAGGAUCCACACUGGAGAGAAGCCCUACAGCUGUGACCUUUGUGGUAAAACUUUUAGCCGGACUGACACUUUCAGAGCUCAUAGCAGGAUCCACACUGGAGAGAAGCCUUACAGCUGUGACCUCUGUGGUAAAACCUUUAGUCAGGUUGGGCAUUUCAGAGCUCAUAGCAGGAUCCACACUGGAGAGAAGCCCUACAGCUGUGACCUCUGUGGUAAGACCUUUAGCCAGGCUUGCAAUUUCAGAACUCAUAGCAGGAUCCACACUGGAGAGAAGCCCUACAGCUGUGACCUUUGUGGUAAAACUUUUAGCCGGACUGACACUUUCAGAGCUCAUAGCAGGAUCCACACUGGAGAGAAGCCUUACAGCUGUGACCUCUGUGGUAAAACCUUUAGUCGGGUUGGGCAUUUCAGAGCUCAUAGCGGGAUCCACACUGGAGAGAAGCCCUACAGCUGUGACCUCUGUGGUAAAACCUUUAGGUAUGCUAGUGGUUUGACAGCUCACUGCAGGAUCCACACAGGAGAGAAGCCUUACAGCUGUGACCUCUGUGAUAAAACCUUUAGCCAGGCUUGCAAUUUCAGAGUCCACAGUAGGAUCCACACUGGAGAGAAGCCCUACAGCUGUGACCUCUGUGGUAAAACCUUUAGCAACGCUAACAAUCUCAGACGUCACAAAAGAACGGACACCGGUGAGAAGCCCUACAGCUGUGACCUCUGUGGUAAAACCUUUAGCAGAGCUACCAAUUUCACUGUUCACCACAUGAUCCACACUGGAGAGAAGCCCUACAGCUGUGACCUCUGUGGUAAAACCUUUAGACAGACUGGGGAAUUAACAGCUCACCGCAGAAUCCACACUGGAGAGAAGCCCUACAGCUGUGACCUCUGUGGUCAAACCUUUAGCCAUGCUAACAGUUUCAGAGUUCACUGCAGGAUCCACACUGGAGAGAAGCCCUACAGCUGUGACCUCUGUGGUAAAACCUUUAGCCAUGCUGGCAGUUACACAGUUCACAGCAGGAUCCACACUGGAGAGAAGCCCUAUAACUGUGACACAUGUGGGAAGAGCCUUUCCUCAUCCAGUAGCCUCAAGCAGCACAUGAGGAUCCACACAGGAGAGAAGCCCUACAGCUGUGACCUUUGUGGUAAAACCUUUAGUCAGGCUGGGCAUUUCAGAGCUCAUAGCAGGAUCCACACUGGAGAGAAGCCCUACAGCUGUGACCACUGUGGUCAAACCUUUAGGCAUGCUAGUGCUUUGACAGCUCACUGCAGGAUCCACACAGGAGAGAAGCCCUACAGCUGUGACCUCUGUGGUAAAACCUUUAGCCGCGCUGACAAUUUCAGAUUUCAUAGCAGGAUCCACACUGGAGAGAAGCCCUACAGCUGUGACCUCUGUGGUAAAACCUUUAGACAAGUUGGGAAAUUAACAGUUCACGGCAGAAUCCACACUGGAGAGAAGCCCUACAGCUGUGACCUCUGUGGUAAAACUUUUAGACAGACUGGGGAUUUAACAGUUCACCACAGAAUCCACACUGGAGAGAAGCCCUACAGCUGUGACCUCUGUGAUAAAACCUUUAGACAGGCUGGGGAUUUAACAUCUCACCGCAGAAUCCACACUGGAGAGAAGCCCUACAGUUGUGAUCUCUGUGGUAAAACCUUUAGCCAGGCUUGCCAAUUCAGAACACAUAGUAGGAUCCACACUGGAGAGACGCCCUACAGAUGUGACCUCUGUGAUAAAAUCUUUAGACAGGCUGGAGAUUUAACAGUUCACCGCAGAAUCCACACUGGAGAGAAGCCCUACAGCUGUGACUUCUGUGGUAAAACCUUUAGCCAGGCUGGCAGUUCCACAGUUCACCGCAGAAUCCACACUGGAGAGAAGCCCUACAGCUGUGACCUAUGUGGCAAAACCUUUAGACAGAAUGGGGAUUUAACAUCUCACCGCAGAAUCCACACUGGAGAGAAGCCCUACAGCUGUGACCUCUGUGGUCAAACCUUUAGCCAUGCUAACAGUUUCAGAGUUCACUGCAGGAUCCACACUGGAGAGAAGCCCUACAGCUGUGACCUCUGUGGUAAAACCUUUAGCCAUGCUGGCAGUUACACAGUUCACAGCAGGAUCCACACUGGAGAGAAGCCCUAUCACUGUGACACAUGUGGGAAGACCCUUUCCUCAUCCAGUAGCCUCAAGCAGCACAUGAGGAUCCACACAGGAGAGAAGCCCUACAGCUGUGACCUUUGUGGUAAAACCUUUAGGCAUGCUAGUGCUUUGACAGCUCACUGCAGGAUCCACACAGGAGAGAAGCCCUACAGCUGUGAUUUCUGUGGUAAAACCUUUAGACAGAUUGGGUAUUCAACAGUUCACCGCAGAAUCCACACUGGAGAGAAGCCCUACAGCUGUGACCUCUGUGGUAAAACCUUUAGCCGGGCUGACAAUUUCAGAUUUCAUAGCAGGAUCCACACUGGAGAGAAGCCCAACAGCUGUGACCUCUGUGGUAAAACCUUUAGACAAGUUGGGAAAUUAACAGUUCACCGCAGAAUCCACACAGGAGAAAAGCCCUACAGCUGUGACCUCGGUAGUAAAACUUUUAGACAGACUGGGGAUUUAACAGUUCACUGCAGAAUCCACACUGGAGAGAAGCCCUACAGCUGUGACCUCUGUGGUAAAACCUUUAGGCAUGCUAGUGCUUUGACAGCUCACUGCAGGAUCCACACAGGAGAGAAGCCCUACAGCUGUGACCUCUGUGGUAAAACCUUUAGACAGACUUGGGAAUUAACAGUUCACUGCAGAAUCCACACUGGAGAGAAGCCCUACAGCUGUGACCUCUGUUGUAAAACUUUUAGACAGACUGGGGAUUUAACAGUUCACCGCAGAAUCCACACUGGAGAGAAGCCCUACAGCUGUGACCUCUGUGGUAAAACCUUUAGCCGGGCUGACAAUUUCAGAUUUCAUAGCAGGAUCCACACUGGAGAGAAGCCCUACAGCUGUGACCUCUGUGGUAAAACUUUUACCUCAUCCAGUAGCCUCAAGCAGCACAUGAGGAUCCACACAGGAGAGAAGCCCUACAGCUGUGACCUUUGUGGUAAAACCUUUAGUCAGGCUGGGCAUUUCAGAGCUCAUAGCAGGAUCCACACUGGAGAGAAGCCCUACAGCUGUGACCACUGUGGUCAAACCUUUAGGCAUGCUAGUGCUUUGACAGCUCACUGCAGGAUCCACACAGGAGAGAAGCCCUACAGCUGUGACCUCUGUGGUAAAACCUUUAGCCGCGCUGACAAUUUCAGAUUUCAUAGCAGGAUCCACACUGGAGAGAAGCCCUACAGCUGUGACCUCUGUGGUAAAACCUUUAGACAAGUUGGGAAAUUAACAGUUCACCGCAGAAUCCACACUGGAGAGAAGCCCUACAGCUGUGACCUCUGUGGUAAAACUUUUAGACAGACUGGGGAUUUAACAGUUCACCACAGAAUCCACACUGGAGAGAAGCCCUACAGCUGUGACCUCUGUGAUAAAACCUUUAGACAGGCUGGGGAUUUAACAUCUCACCGCAGAAUCCACACUGGAGAGAAGCCCUACAGUUGUGAUCUCUGUGGUAAAACCUUUAGCCAGGCUUGCCAAUUCAGAACACAUAGUAGGAUCCACACUGGAGAGACGCCCUACAGAUGUGACCUCUGUGAUAAAAUCUUUAGACAGGCUGGAGAUUUAACAGUUCACCGCAGAAUCCACACUGGAGAGAAGCCCUACAGCUGUGACUUCUGUGGUAAAACCUUUAGCCAGGCUGGCAGUUCCACAGUUCACCGCAGAAUCCACACUGGAGAGAAGCCCUACAGCUGUGACCUAUGUGGCAAAACCUUUAGACAGAAUGGGGAUUUAACAUCUCACCGCAGAAUCCACACUGGAGAGAAGCCCUACAGCUGUGACAUCUGUGAUAAAACCUUUAGCCAGGCUAACAGUUUCAGACAGCACAUGAGGAUCCACACAGGAGAGAAGCCCUACAGCUGUGACCUUUGUGGUAAAACCUUUAGGCAUGCUAGUGCUUUGACAGCUCACUGCAGGAUCCACACAGGAGAGAAGCCCUACAGCUGUGACUUCUGUGGUAAAACCUUUAGACAGAUUGGGUAUUCAACAGUUCACCGCAGAAUCCACACUGGAGAGAAGCCCUACAGCUGUGACCUCUGUGGUAAAACCUUUAGCCGGGCUGACAAUUUCAGAUUUCAUAGCAGGAUCCACACUGGAGAGAAGCCCAACAGCUGUGACCUCUGUGGUAAAACCUUUAGACAAGUUGGGAAAUUAACAGUUCACCGCAGAAUCCACACAGGAGAAAAGCCCUACAGCUGUGACCUCUGUAGUAAAACUUUUAGACAGACUGGGGAUUUAACAGUUCACUGCAGAAUCCACACUGGAGAGAAGCCCUACAGCUGUGACCUCUGUGGUAAAACCUUUAGGCAUGCUAGUGCUUUGACAGCUCACUGCAGGAUCCACACAGGAGAGAAGCCCUACAGCUGUGACCUCUGUGGUAAAACCUUUAGACAGACUUGGGAAUUAACAGUUCACUGCAGAAUCCACACUGGAGAGAAGCCCUACAGCUGUGACCUCUGUUGUAAAACUUUUAGACAGACUGGGGAUUUAACAGUUCACCGCAGAAUCCACACUGGAGAGAAGCCCUACAGCUGUGACCUCUGUGGUAAAACCUUUAGCCGGGCUGACAAUUUCAGAUUUCAUAGCAGGAUCCACACUGGAGAGAAGCCCUACAGCUGUGACCUCUGUGGGAAGAGCCUUUCUUCAUCCAGUAACCUCAAGAAGCACAUGAGGAUCCACACUGGAGAGAAGCCCUACAGCUGUGACCUUUGUGGUAAAACCUUUAGCCAGACUGACACUUUCAGAGCUCAUAGCAGGAUCCACACUGGAGAGAAGCCCUACAGCUGUGACCUCUGUGGUAAAACCUUUAGUCAGGCUGGGAAUUUCAGAGCUCAUAGCAGGAUCCACACUGGAGAGAAGCCCUACAGCUGUGACCUCUGUGGUAAAACCUUUAGUCAGGCUGGGAAUUUCAGAGCUCAUAGCAGGAUCCACACUGGAGAGAAGCCCUACAGCUGUGACCUUUGUGGUAAAACUUUUAGCCGGACUGACACUUUCAGAGCUCAUAGCAGGAUCCACACUGGAGAGAAGCCUUACAGCUGUGACCUCUGUGGUAAAACCUUUAGUCAGGUUGGGCAUUUCAGAGCUCAUAGCAGGAUCCACACUGGAGAGAAGCCCUACAGCUGUGACCUCUGUGGUAAGACCUUUAGCCAGGCUUGCAAUUUCAGAACUCAUAGCAGGAUCCACACUGGAGAGAAGCCCUACAGCUGUGACCUUUGUGGUAAAACUUUUAGCCGGACUGACACUUUCAGAGCUCAUAGCAGGAUCCACACUGGAGAGAAGCCUUACAGCUGUGACCUCUGUGGUAAAACCUUUAGUCGGGUUGGGCAUUUCAGAGCUCAUAGCGGGAUCCACACUGGAGAGAAGCCCUACAGCUGUGACCUCUGUGGUAAAACCUUUAGGUAUGCUAGUGGUUUGACAGCUCACUGCAGGAUCCACACAGGAGAGAAGCCUUACAGCUGUGACCUCUGUGAUAAAACCUUUAGCCAGGCUUGCAAUUUCAGAGUCCACAGUAGGAUCCACACUGGAGAGAAGCCCUACAGCUGUGACCUCUGUGGUAAAACCUUUAGCAACGCUAACAAUCUCAGACGUCACAGCAUGUCCCACACUAAAGAGAAACCCUAA